UAUAUAUAUAUCGAAUCGAGAAUUGAAGCGAAAAGAAAAAAGAAGGAAAAAACGAGUGCGGUAUUAGCGAUCAUACGAUCUAAUGGCUGUGACGAAUUGAUUUGACAAUAUAAAAGGCUAUUUUAUUUUGCGAACAUACUUAUUAAUUUUUUUUUGUUUAUUUUUCUUCUGAUUAUUUUUCAUUCAUUCGUUUUCUCUUUCAAUCUCGAUUUUGCACAAUUAAUUAUGAAUUAAUGAAGAUAUAUGAGAGUAAAGAGAAGACAUAUGAAAACAAUUAUCGAUACGAAAUUAAUAUUAAUAUUUUUCUAAAUCUAACUUUUUAAGAAUACGAAAAACACAGACGAAAUCAAUCGGCUAAAAAAAGACAAGGGGAAUGAAAAAUGAGAUACAAGGUAAACGAUCCGGAAGUGAAUAAUGAAAGAUACACGGCAAACGACUCUAUACUUUCGUGGCAAUACGAGGCAAAGGGUAAGAGGAAAUUAAUUAAGAAUGGAAGGAAAUUGGCUAUAAUCAUUGGUGUAUUAACUGUAAUCGUGGUUGGAUUGCUCGUGACGUUAGCCUUGCAAAUAUCUAUUUUUCAUAAAGAGAAGAAAUACAAUGAGAUGUGCCAGACGGAGGAAUGCGUGAGGACAGCCGCCAGAAUAAUAGAUGCUAUGAACAGAUCGAUAGAUCCUUGCCAAGAUUUCUACAAAUUUGCUUGCAGCGGUUGGGUUUCAAAAAAUCCUAUACCGCAGAGUCAAACGUCUUGGGAUCAAUUGAGCUUUCUCAAGGAACGAUUAUUGGAAAAUCUGAGAAUUUUGCUCGAGGAAACAGGCGAUGAACACAACAAUUUGAGACCGGUUAAAUUGGCUAGAGAUUUGUACAAAACUUGUAUGAACACAACAAGCGUCGAAGCUAUGGGAUUGAAACCUAUCUAUGAAACGUUAGACAGGCUCGGAUUACCAAGAGAUCCGCUUUUUAAAAAUGAAACGUUGCCCUUGGACGUUUCAUAUAUUGUCGGUAGAGCGCAACGAGUUUUAGGACUGAAUCUCUUUAUCAAAUUGUACAUUAGUGAAGAUAUACAAGACACGACAAAAAACAAGAUAAUGAUAGAGCAAGUGUCGCCAGGAUUCAGCGAACAUUAUCUUGUUGAUCCGUUGCGCUUUAGGUCGGAGUUAAUGGAAUAUAAAAAUUAUAUAAAAAAUAUGGUCGAAUUGGCAGACGUAGGGAAUGAAAGUAUCGAAUUUGCCAAUGAAAUUUUAAAUUUCACCACAAAUAUCGCGCACAUCAUGGCAACGCCGGAAGAGAGGAGAAGCGUAAAUCAUCUUAUUUACGAUUUCAGUAUCGACGAGCUGCAACAGUGGACAGAUUUGCACGUGCAACAGUGGAAUUGGACUAAAUAUUUGGAAGCAGUUUUUGAUAAUACAAACGUGACAAUAGAUAUUAAAAUGGAUCGUGUAAUUGUAAUGGAUCUGAAAUAUCUGCAGGAAUUACCUAAACUAUUAGCAGUCACUCCAUUCGCUACAAUAGUGAGAUACAUAUGGUGGAUUACCUACGCAGGAAUUUCUCCAUUGACGUUACAACGAUUCCGUGAUCUCGGUUUUCAAUUUUCGCAAAAAGUUUUCGGUUUAAAGGAGGGAACAUCGAGAUGGAAAGUCUGUACUUUAAGUGCAAACGCAAACUUUGGCAUGGCUCUCAGUUACAUUUACGCGCAAAAAUAUUUCGACGAUCGAUCUCGACAAAAGGCUCUGGAAAUGUUGCUCGAUAUUAAGGCAGCAUUUGAUGAGAUGGUGACCGAAUUAGAUUGGAUGGACGCUGAUACGAAAAUUCAAGCUCAUAGAAAGUUGCAUGCGAUUAGACCGUUUGUAGGAAUUCCGGAUUGGAUUACUAAUUCGGAAAAAUUAAAUAAAUUUUACGAAGAGAUGAAUGUUAUACCUGGACGAUUAUUUGAUACAUUUUUGAUACUAACUGAUGUUGCAAUUAAGAAAAGUUUAAAUAAUUUGCGUAAAAAACCAAACAAAAAUCGAUGGAUAUCGACCGGUACGACAGUAAAUGCGUUUUACAGUGCAAUAUUAAAUUCAGUUACUUUUCCAGCUGGUAUUCUGCAUCCUCCUUUCUAUGGAAAUGGUUUAGAGUCUAUCAACUAUGGUGCCAUGGGUGCAAUCAUGGGUCAUGAAUUAACUCAUGGAUUUGAUGAUCAAGGUCGUAGAUAUGAUGAGAAUGGAAAUAUUAAACAGUGGUGGAGUAAUCAGACGUUACGACAUUAUCAUGAAAAAGUUCAAUGUAUAAUCAAGCAAUAUAGUAACUAUCAUUUGCCAGAAUUAGGUCAUAAUUUCACAGUAAAUGGUAUUAAUACACAAGGAGAGAAUAUAGCAGAUAACGGCGGUAUACGAGAAGCUUACAGAGCAUAUCAACGAUUUCAAAAAAGAAAUACCGAUCAACUAGUUUUACCCGGUCUUGCUAAUUAUAAUCAAGAACAAUUAUUUUUUAUAGGUUUCGCGCAAGUUUGGUGUGGGAAUUACACAAAUGGGGCAUUAAAAUCUAAAUUGAUACAAGGAGUUCAUGCGCCAAAUCAUUUCAGAGUUAUAGGAACUUUAUCAAAUAAUGCGGAAUUCGCAAAAGCAUGGAAUUGUCCGAAUGGAAGUCCCAUGAAUCCAUCUCGAAAAUGUAUUCUGUGGUAAUUAAUCUAUAUGGAGUAUAUAAUCAAACAUUAUUUAAAACUUGUUGUUUCUUCAACAUUAUUCACUAGUCUUGCGUAUUAUAUAAUAUUUAUAAUAAAAAUACGCAAACAAUAAAAGUUAAAUAUUGACUGAUUUAUAAAAAAUAAUAUUUAAUUUAAAUGAAUUAGUAUUUUAGAUAUUUUCUAUAAUAAAAUUUAUUUUCUGUAAAUAUCGUACAGAAUGCAAAUAUAAUAUCUUUAAAUUGAAA